AUGGACGCCUCUUUUGGGCUCUCAUCAACAUCGACUCCGCAAACAGUAGCGACUCAAGAAGUCAACAUUGCCAAGCUCCGUUUGCUGAUUGCACGGGAACAACCCUUGCUCUCUCACGCCAACCACUUGGAAAGAACUGUGACGCUCCGCUCCCGAGCGCUCCAUCAUACUGAACGGCUGCGCUCUCGUCUCCAAGCGAUACACGACGACCUCGCCACAGAGGUCGAGCGGCUUUGCGUCGCAUCCACAGAGCUGACCGCUGCAGAUGCAGUGAUCAUUAGCAAAGCGGCCCAGGCCGCGCGCCUUGCCUUGACCAAGCGGUUGGAGGGUGUUGCCAGCAGGUGGAGCCGAGACGUUCAGGAUUGCGAAGUGAGAUGGCAAGAAUCCAUUCGGGUCCUCGACUCUUGGGCGCAGGCAAGCGCAGGUGAGGCCGCCGCUGCGGUACUGGAAGAUCACGGGGAGACACUACCCAGUUGGCUCGGCGGACUGAAGCCUGCAUCAGUAGACGGUCCCUCAACCAAAGAGAUCUUGUUUCGUUCACUGCGGCGCCUUCUCAAUCGGCCGCUCCAAGUUGCAGAGGCAAUCUCGGCAUGGCCUUCUGAGAGGUUCAUGGGGCUGUGUGCAGUGCAAGACGGGCCCUCGCAUUUGCAGUCAAUCUUCAGGCUUCUGAUCGAGUCUACCGGCACGGAGGGGCUAGCGGUUUUCUCAGAGAGGCUGUUGUUGGGCCUGAGCCACAAGCUUGUGAAGAAUGGUACUGGCAAAGCAGACAUCGAAGGAUGCGCACUUGCAGUCCUCGACGAGCUGCAGGCUUUGAGCAUUAGUGUCACUACGUGCGAUGCUACUCAAGAGCACCAGGCUCGAGGAAGAGGACGAGCCACUAGACCAAGGAUCUGCGCGCUGCUAAAUCCUUCACGGGAUCUUGAACUUGCUCUGCUGGCCCACCUCCAAUCGUAUCGCAGGCACGAUCUGUUCACCAGACCAAGUCACAUUCGAAGCCCUAGUCUUGCUCGCAACGUAUCUGCGCCUGUCGCAGGACAGUCUAGCAACAAUCUGGCACAAGCAUGCCAGCGCGCAGACAACUUAUCUAACAGCGGCGGAAGUGAGGAUACCGAGCUCGGCGGAACGACGCUGAAAAGCUUGUCGACGUUUGCGGCCGAAGCGGCAGACGUCUUCACCACAGGACUUGGGACGCUUGGCAAUAGCGUCACCAACUUCUGGUCGACGUCCGGCGCUGCUCCAGGAGGCAGUAGAGAAGGAGUUUCUGACGAGGAGAGUCGAGCCGUCGAUGCUCCAAUGCAAUCCAAGCGCACAAGCAAGAACGCCCCGCCUGCAUCACUUUCCAUGUCUCGCUUUGUCACUCCGCCCUUGAAGGGGAUCACUGUAGCCGGGUCUUCGCCAGUACAGGCACAUCGACAAAAACACAGCAUUAACAUGCCGCAAGUCUCUGAAGAGGACGCACUAGCCGAUUUCUCUCCUCGCAUACCGUCCCUGGAUGCUCGGGAAGAGCUUCGGUCACAGCUACCGCGCGAGGCCCGAGCUUCGAGGAGGCGCGUCCAAAGCGAUGCUGGUCAUUCCGUCGACACGGCACACAUCAAGCGUGUUUCAUCUAUUUCAGCCACCUCGGCCUCGGAAGCGGAUCCCGAGAUGACUGCUGAGCUCAUAAGGUCGGUCAGGACAACUCUGACUGCGUUGCUGGGCCGUGACGCUUCCAACACCGGCUCAGCGAACCCCGACAGUCGGCCUGAAGGAGCCAUAGAGCUGCCGCUCCCUGUCUAUGUGAUCAGACGCUUGCUCUGCGAGCACUUCCCUCCGAAUGAUUCUCCCACGGCGCACCGGCAACUACUCCUGCUUUUUGUGCUGCGUUGGUACGCCUUUGGCCGCCUUAGAUCACUCCUUACGCGUCCAGAUGCUUGGACGAGUCGAUGCUGCUACACUGUCUCGUUCCCUCCUCGACAAGAUUCGACGGCUUCAUCACAUCAAUACAGGUCUUUGCGAGGAGUCUGGAUGAGUGACCUUGCUGCGACGUCCGCGCUUGGAGAGCUUCAUCGAGCUACCUACGCCGCGAUAGUCACAGCUCUGAACGCUGAGCCCGCACUCUCAGAGGAGCACACCAACACAUCAAACACGCUGCCAGAAGCUUGCGAUCUAGUCAAUCUGUUUGCCGCUCCCUCUGUGUCUAGGUGCAGACCCGAGGACCCGUCUGCCUGGUCUUCGAGCGCGGGCGUGCACCAUUCGCCUUCGAGUGAAGACUCCACCGCAGUUACCGUGCUCGCUCUGCGACCCGCCGAUGGUGUAGCUUUGAUGCACGUAUGCGCCCCCCUCUUGGUAACACCGGCAGCGACACGGAGACCCGCGUCCACCCCGCAAACUCCCACACAGAGAUCGCCCAGGCUACGCGUGGAUACCAACAAUCUGGGGCAGAACACGCACGUCAGUGAGCAGACUUCAUGUAGCAGGUCUGCUGAUGCUGCGACACCUAUCGAACAGGAUCAUCUGAAUGAAGCUACCACCGAUGUUGAGGCUGCUCUUUUGCACGCCGAGGCUCGGGGCACGAUGGAGCCCGAGGACACGGCUCUUCUGUUUGUCUCCCAGCGUGUGGAUGGUCAUUAUACUAUCCAUCAGACUGCUCCGAGAUUGGCCUACAACCAUGCUCCCGCUGCUGCACUGAGGAAGACUGUUCAACCCUCCGGGACGGCGACGAGCCUGCCAGUACAUGCGGAUACCGCGACUGAUUCAAAUAGCGAGAGCGAGUCGCUAACUGCAAUCCCCUUCCCGGCACUCGCUGUUCUGGACAGCACUUCCACUCUCCGUGGGUCUAACACGCGUACAAUGACUCCAUCAGCUUCAAAUACAGGCAGCUUCUUUAGCUCUCGGUUGGACUCCAGUAGCACGGCUGGUCCCAGGAGAGGCUGGCAGGGUUCUGGAGAAAGUGGCUGGGACAGUCCACCGCAUUCGCCUCACCGAGAUGGUUUUUGGGAUUUCGAGGAUACGCGCGACGAUCGAUCAGCGUUGGCGUUCAAGAGUCGCGCACAGGUCGGUGGCGCGUCGCCAGUGGUGCGCAAGGCGUCGCUCCCCAUUCGGAGUGCUCGAGCUCUUUCUUGGCAGACUGCUGGGGAAAUGGCCGUCGAUUUGGGCAGAAGGCACAGUACUAGUCCCAUUGAUACGGCACAAGAUGGCGCAUCAGAAUCACUCGAACCGCUGCCUGGCGCCACCUUCACUCUGACUCGUCGCGCCGUCAUGGCCCUCGUCCGAAAGGGCUACAGCACGUCAAGCAGACGAAGAGGGCAGCCGGCUAAUCUUGUCGCAGACAUGCACGUAGCGGCAUCCCUCGCAGCCCAUCGCUUUGCGUAUGAAGACGCUGCGCUAUUCGACGAAGCUGCUGACGCCUUGCUGCACGUCAGUCAGCAUUUGCCACACUGGGCGUCAGGUCUCGAAGGAUCGCUGAGCUUUGCGCCACUGCUUGCGCUCAUUGCAGAACCGCUUCUCACCAUCCAGGACGGCAUACGCGACCGAUUGGUCACAUCGCACCACCGACUCGGUGAUCUUGACGCUCUGCGUCAGACGCUGACAGAGAGCACUCGCGAAGUCUUGACAGCUAUGCACGAGUUGCGAGUCAAGGCUUGGUAUUCAGUCAACAUUCGGCUCGACGAUUUGGUCCUCGCUUCCCGCAAUUCAGCGAGGCAGCAAUUUGAACAGAGUCACCUCGGUCCGAACACAUCGACUUCAGAUCGAUUCGACAAUAAGCUGGAAAGUGGGCACGAAUGGCUACAGAGCUUGGGUUUGUACGAUUUUGGGCUGGAUGCGAGGUCCAUCAACUAUCUGAGGGAUCUCGAUGUCGCCUUCAACGUCAUCGCGGGCAAGGCCGAGGAAUUCUUUGCGUGUCCAAUCUGGGCUAGGGAGGCCGCGUUGGCGCGACCUUUGCUGCUGGCAAGCGAGGCAGAGGGCGAUGCGCAUCCCGAGACGGUCGUCCUGACGUCUGGAGCGUGGUCAACUGCCUUCUUGCUGCCAGGAGAGGCGCGCGCACACGACCGCGCGGGACUCGAAGAAUUCCUUCAGCGCUCACAGCUACUCGCCACUAGUCUGCUGUUGAGCGAAGCGUUGCCGAUGAUCUACUGCACCCCAUCAUUGCCUGCUAUGAUCCGCUCUAGCAGCAGCGCCGCUGACCUUGGUGUCCCCGUCGCAAGUCUCGUGGCUGCAAAAAUUGUGCGCGAUGCUGGCGGUGCGGAGUUGCUGCGCCUCUUUGAACUACAUCCAGCGCCGCGCACAAAGAUGCGGGCGUUGCUAUCGCUCGAAAGACUGAUUGUGUCGACGCUGUCGAGACAAAGCUACGUCACAAAGACAGCGGAUCAUCGUCCAGGUCAGGCGGAAGAGCAUGGGCGCAAAGCGAAUCAAAGUCUACCCUUCCCCAUCGGCGUGAGGAGUAGGACCAACAGCAAAGCAGCUUCGAUGGACACGAUCGGGGCUGUCGGUGCAGCGCAAGCUUUGUACGGACACAGGUCGAAUAGUGGUAGUGUCGACACGGGUGAUUCGCGGUUAAGUGGUUCUGACCGGCCGCUGAGCGUCGCUAGGGCUCGAAGAGCAUUAUCGAUGUACUCGGAUCUCGCGGAGGAGAUUGCAGAGGAGUCAGAAGAGGCGGAAAUGCCGGCAGUAGCCAAUAUCCACGACAUUCUGAGCGGAGUAGGUCAUCCUCUUACGCGCGAGGCUCUGGCUGCACGAUCCUCGGGUGCGGCAGGCGGACUGGCACCCGCUGACGAAGCAGCUUGGACGCAAGAUAGCCCCCAAUCCACGUCGACGCCUCGUGACUUUGGCACAGUGACGGCACCAACGACGGACGACGUUGUUGCCGUGCUCGAAGCCCUCUUGCAAGAUCCGCGAUGCAAGCCACGCAACUUGUUGCUGAACCUGCAGGUGAUUGCUUGCUUCACGCCGACCAAUCUGUUGGAUUUCAGGGACGAGGUGAGUUGGAUGGAGUGUAGCUUGACGAGAGACUCCGAAAGCUGAUGGGUCAGAAUCUCUGCACCACUCUGCAGGGCUACUGCUUUUGGACUAUGGCCGGCGCCGCACAGAUGGUCGAGUCAGCGGCGCACAAGAGUUGA